GCCGGCAGCUGCUUGCAAAUGCAUCUGGGAGGGCUUGAUUUCUUUUCUGAAUAGCAUCGUGGAUUCAUGCUUCAGGUAAUGCAACAAUCCAAGUAUAGGCAGCUAGCAAUGUAAUCCAUGCAGGAAAACGGAGGAGUCCAAGUAUAGGCAGCUCCCAAGCAGGCAAGCAGCCAUUAGCCACCAUCUCCCCUUCUUCUCCUACCUUCUCUCCUGGCCCUCCACCACAUUCCAUUGCUGCGACCUUCAUGUAUCCCUUUGCCCUUCACUCCUUCCCCUCCUUUCACCACCAAUUUCACGGUGGCCCCCCUCCCCUCCUAAACCCUUCCCCACCAUUUCCAAGGACCAGGGCGGCCACCACCUCCCCCGCUUCACCUUCGCCGCCAUCAUUGUUGUGGCCAUCCUCUCUGGCCGCUCUUUGGUCCAUGCGUUUCCCCUCUCCGGCGGCAUACAAUGUCUUCCAGUUGUACCAUUGCUGUCGCCAUUUUUGGGAUUAUCCUCGGUGCCGGCCAUGUGGUCACCAGCGCCCGCGUUGGCGCCAUGAUGGUCCGGCAGCCUUCUGCCCCGAUGUUCCGGGAGGCGCCCGCGUUCCGAAAUGGUGCUGAGUGCGUGGCAGAUGGCAGUGGUCGGGUGGACAUUUCCAUGACGCUGGACGCCAACUACCUCCGCGGCACCAUGGCCGCGGUGCUCUCCAUCCUGCAGCACACUGCGUGCCCUGAGAGCGUGACCUUCCACUUCCUCACCGCCGAGCUCGACGACGGCCUUGGCUCCGCGCUGCGCGUCACCUUCCCGUUCCUCGACCUCCGGGUGUACCGCUUCGACCCGUCGCGCGUCCACGGCCGCAUCUCCCGCUCGGUGCGCCAGGAGCUGGACCAGCCGCUCAACUACGCGCGCGUCUACCUCGCCGACACGCUUCCCCCUAACGUGCGCUGCGUGACCUACCUCGACUCCGACGUGAUCGUGGUCGACGACAUCCGGACGCUGGCCUCCGUGGACCUCGGUGGGCACGUGGUGGCGGCGCCGGAGUACUGCCACGCCAACUUCCACAACUACUUCACGGACGCGUUCUGGUCGCACCCGGCGUUGAACAGAACGUUCCGCCUGCGGCGCCCCUGCUACUUCAACACGGGCGUGAUGGUGAUGGACGUGGAGAAGUGGCGCGCCGGCGGGUACACGCGGCGGGUGGAGGAGUGGAUGGCGGUGCAGAAGCAACGGCGGAUCUACCACCUGGGCUCGCUGCCGCCAUUCCUGCUGGUGUUCGCCGGGGACAUCCAGGCGGUGGACCACCGGUGGAACCAGCAUGGGCUCGGCGGUGACAACGUCGAGGGACGGUGCCGGGGGCUCCACCCGGGCCCCAUCAGCCUGCUCCACUGGAGCGGCAAGGGCAAGCCAUGGCUCCGGCUCGAUGCCCGGCGGCCCUGCGCCGUGGACUACCUCUGGGCGCCCUACGACCUCAACCGGCACUCGUCGCCGGUGAUCGAGGAGUGGUGAGCUCGCAGCACCAGCCGUAGGAGGACAGUUCUUGCAGAGUGGGGAAAGAGGCACCAUGCAUCCAUGCACGCAUGCACGCAAAAACGACAGAACGAGAGCUUGAAAGGAAGAGAAGGAAAUCGAAGGAGAGAUUAGAACGCAAAGUGCAGAAGAAUCAUUGUUGUUCUGUUCUUGGGGUCUCGAUUGGAACUUGGAUGGCAGAUUGAGGAGAAGGGCAUAUGCUGUUUCUUCUUUUCAUGUGCAAUUGAUCACCCCCUUAGUUUUGUAUAGGUAAUGUUGUAAUUUGUAAAGAUUAGUAUGCAUGCUGGGGAAACUUAUGCUGACAAAUGUAUGUACUACCGUAUAACUUCAGUUUGAGUGUGACGAAGCUGGGUAUGGCAUGCGAUGUUAGGUGGAUAGU